ACAUUCCCGUGUACAGGGGUCGGAGACGUCAAUUGCGGGCUAGGAACCGAUCGUAGCUCCGAUACCCAGAGUAAUACCUCACGAUAACCUACGUCCGGUCACCCACCCGCCAAAACUUCCUCUCCUGCUCGCGCAAAUGAUCACACCGUCGUCGACGUCAUAACACCGGGCUCCGGCCCUUUCUAUUCUUCUUCACAUUGUCCCAUCCCCCCUCCGUCAGCUCGCGCGUGUCCAAUUGACCACCGCCCGUCGAACGAAUCGAACCGUCGGUCCAUUCCCAAUCGCCGGCGCCGCACCCGAGCACGCGACCCAGGAACUCGAUCCCGACUUUCCUCGCAAAAUCUCGAAACUUUCAAAACCCUCGAACCAGAAUCUUUCGUCUAUCGGCUAAAGAAAUGUCCUCCUCGAACCCCCCCUUCACGACCGCCCUGCUCGCGGGUGGCAUCGCCGGCACCACCGUCGACCUCUCCCUCUUCCCCCUCGACACCCUCAAGACCCGCCUCCAGUCCUCCGCCGGCUUCUUCCCCUCGGGCGGCUUCACCGGUAUCUACCGCGGCAUCGGCUCCGCCGUCAUCGGUUCUGCCCCGGGCGCCGCUUUCUUCUUCUGCACCUAUGAAGGGUCCAAGUCCCUCAUCUCGGCCCGUCUCGCCUCCCUCUCGUCCUCGUCCUCGUCCUCCGGCACAUCGAAACCGGCGGCCUGGGUCGACCCUGUAUCGCACAUGCUCGCCGCCUCCCUUGGCGAGAUCGCCGCCUGCGCCGUCCGCGUCCCCACCGAAGUUGUGAAACAGCGCGCUCAGGCCGGCCAGCACGGCGGCUCCUCUCUCCUCGCCUUCCGCUCCAUCCUCGCCCAGUACAACACCCCCGCCGGCCUCGCCGGCGUCUGGCGCGAGCUCUACCGCGGCUGGUCCAUUACCGUCCUGCGCGAGGUCCCUUUCACCAUCAUCCAGUUCCCCCUCUGGGAGCGUCUCAAGCGCUGGGGCCGCGAGCGCAAGCGGAACAAGAACUGGAAGCUCGACGUCGACGGCGCCGCCAAGAAGCAGAUCGAGUACGAGGUCAGCGCCGCAGAGAGCGCCCUGUACGGCAGCGUCGCCGGCGCCGCCGCUGCCGGCAUCACGACCCCGCUCGACGUGCUCAAGACGAGAGUCAUGUUGAGCCAGCAGAAGGAAAAGAUCGGCGACGUCCUGAGAACGAUAUACAAGCAGCACGGCAUCCGACCCUUCUUCGCGGGUAUCGGCCCGAGAGUCAUGUGGAUCAGCAUCGGCGGCUCCAUCUUCCUCGGCAGUUACCAGUUUGCGUCCAACACCCUGACCGGUGCAGUACUAUAAGAUAAUCC